AUGGUGAAUUGGGAGCUGGGUACCGAUGGUCGCUCCGAGGAGCCGGGCGACCGUACGCGGCUCCUUCAGCAAUCGGAGAUGCUGGGCGAGUCCCUGGGCAACAUCGGCGACUCUCGCAGGGUCCUCGAGGAGACGAACGAAAUCGGCACCACCGUUAUGAGCAAGCUCCUAUCGCAGCGGGAAACGAUCAUCCGUUCGACUCACUACGCAGAGGAAACCGCGAACCGCCAGCGCGAAACCCGCAGCCUUCUGCGCUCGGAGAGCUGGUCGGAUUUCUACACCAAGGCGGCAAUGUACGUGACGAUUGUGUGUCUCAUCAUCGCCAUCAUAUUUGCUAUAAUAUACCGCAUUACUAAGUAG